UCGUCAAACCGAAUUCAGCUUAAGUUACCACCAAUUCUUAUCGCUUACUCCCAAUUCUUUUUUUUUACUGGGCGGAUACAAUUUCUAUCAAAAUUAAUAAAAAAAAUUUAAUCAUUUGAUAUCAUAUUUUAUGAUAAAAAUUUUAUCAAUUUCUAUCCACUUAAGAAUCCAAUAAUUUCCUAUCAAAGAAAUAAGAUUGAAAAUCUAUCAAUUUUUAUCCGUAAAUAAAUCUAAUAAUUCCUUAUCAAAGGUUUUGAUAAAAGUUGUAUCCAAUUCUAUCCUCCGAAAAAUCUAAUAAUUUUCUAUCAAAGGGUUUGUAUUGAGAAUGUAUCUAAUUCUAUUCGCAGAUAAAUCUAUUAACCUCUAUCAAAGGUUUUGAUAAAAGUUCUAUCAAAUUCUAUCCUCCGAAAUAAUAAUAAAUAAAAUUUUAUUAAUUUUGAGGUUCUGAUAAAAGUGAAUAUCAUGAAAUGAAGAGUGAAACAGAUUUUCCAAAUGUUUAAUAGGAAUUAUUUCAAAAAAAAGUAAGAAUGUUUUGCACAGAAAAUUGGAAAUUUUUCUUUAUUUAAUAAUGGACUUUUCACCAUAUUAGUAGGAAAUAUAUCCAAAUGACAGUUUAGCUCUGACAGUCAGAGAGUCAAGACGUGUUUUGAUUUGCUCCGUUGUGAGUGUGUGCCUAUUGUGAGGAUUACGUUUAUAUGAAUUUUAGUUUCUAAAGUGAAAAGUUAUUACAUUGCAAUAAUGACCACUAUCGAUGACUUAAAAGAACUUAUGCUCUCGGUACAGAGUGAUGUUAAAUCGUCAAAUAACAAAAUGGACAAUUUAUCGGAAGAGGUGAAAUUGUUGAAAAACUCACAGGGAAAAUUAAUGGAGGAACUCAAGACUUGUAAAUCUAAAUAUCUAGUAUUAGAAAAGAAGUCUGCUCGUUUUGGUCAACAGAUUUCAUCUAUUGAAAAAAAAUUGGAGAUCAUGGACAUCAAGGAUAGAUCUAGGAACAUUAUAGCUGAAAAAACAAAUUUAAUAAAAUCAGUGCAAAUGAUCCUUGAGAAGGCAUCUAUUACCAUCCCAGAUGAACAUUAUGAAGCGAUUUAUCCUUUGGGGAAAAAAGAUGAUCCAAGGCCGAUCUUAAUUAAAUUCUCGAGUUCUAAAUAUAGAGAAUGUAUAUUUCAAAAUGCUAAGAAUUUACGUUCACUUAAUGUUUUCUUUUCAACUGAUUAUACCCCGGAACAACAACAAACAAGGAAAGAGCUGAAACAGUUCCAAGCUGUUUUGAACGAGCAAGGAAAAUCAAGUUCUGUAGGAAGCCGGAAAAGAUUGAGACAAAGGAAAAAUAAUAUUAGUGGACAAAAAAAAAUCAAGGCUAUUGUAAAGGAUGCAACUAUUAAGCAUUUUCAACAAAAGACGACGAUGGAGAUGGGAAAUACUCCGAACCUGAAGGAAAAAGAGAAGCAGUCCAACUCCGCCCCAUUCUUCCCGGAUCAUAUUCUGGAAUGCAAGAGGAUUAAAUAAUUAUGAGGACAUCAUCGAGCACACUUCAUAUGGGGAUGUAAUCUGCCUUUAUGAAACCUGGGAAACACUCGAUACAGUACGAGGGCGAGCAUUGCUAAAUCCUGAUCUACAUAUUAUCUCCAGUUUUGCUGCCAAGGACUGUGCCAAAGGUCAUGGAAAAGGAGGGCUCCUAGUUGUUGUAAAUAAAAAUAAAUUUAAGGUAGAGUUAAUUAGUUUGGAUGAGGAUUGUAUCUUUUUUAAAUUGUGAUAAUUUAAUUAAUUAAAUUAAUUGUGAUAAGUGAUAAGGACUUGAUAAUAGUGAAUUUAAUUUAUAAUAAUCCAAUCUCAGAUAUAGACAAAUUUUUAAAUAAUAUUAAGCAAAAAAUUUAUAAUAUAACUUUGAAUUUUCCGAAAGUUCCAUUAAUAGUAGGUGGGGACUUUAAUUGUAAAAUUGGGGAUUUAAAUAACUUGGAUGAAGAAUGUUUUUCUUAUACUAAUUUUAUGGGAGAAAGAUAUAGUCUUGACAUAACUACAGAUAAACGUGUCAAAUUAGUCACGGAAUGUUUUGAAGAGCUUUGUGUGGGUCAGCUCAUUUAGCUUGGGUAUAAUUGAUAAUUUUAAAGUAUUGAAUAUAUAUUCAGGGAAUACAGAAAAGGCCGAUUCAUUCAAAAAUAAUAUUCAAUAUCCUCAUAACUCUGAAUUGGAAAUGAAGUCAAUUAAUGCUCUCAAUCUUAAUCUAAUAAAUGCUAUCAAAAUAGCGGCAUAUGCGGACGAUAUAGCUGUCCCUGCUGACUCCUUGGUGGACAUGAGAAAAAUCCUUUUAUACUUGGAAGAAUACUGCAUUUUGAAUAAACUUGAUGUUAACUUAAAAAAAACAAAAAUAGUAGUAUUUAGAAAAGGAAGUCACUGUCAUAACAAAAAAUUACCAUCUUUUGAGUAUGGAAAAAGCGAGGUAGAAAUUGUUAAAAAUUAUGAGUAUUUGGGAGUAGUAUUUUCACAAUCCUUGCUUUUUUUAAAUGCAAAAGAUGAAAUUGUAAAGAAAUCAAAUCUGGCGGUAAAUUAUUAUACAGUAUCAUUAAUUUCAAAAAUGAAACUGGAUUUUUUUGAUCCAGUGUCACAUCUUUAUAUGAGUCUUGUUUCCAAUGUUCCUUUGUAUGCAGCACUAAUUUGGAGCUUAAGAUAUCUUGAUUCAAUCGAGAAAAUCCAGACUAAUUUUUUUAAAAGAAUUUUGAAUGUUCCGUUUAAUACGCCUGGCUAUGCGGUUAGAUUAGAGACCGGAAGUAAUCAUCUGUCAUGUGAAGUAUUUAAGUUAAUUUUAAACUGUAUUGAAAAAGUUUUGAGCAUGACAGAUGAAAGAUACCCGAAAAAGUGUCUUGCCAGGCUGAUAUAGUCAAAGAUUUUUUUUGUGGAGAUAGGAGAGGAAGAAGAAUGGGAGAAUAUUUCAGUGCAGUCUAUAAAAAAAAUAAAAACAAAAAAUUGAUAAAUAAUUAUAAAAUUAGAAUGAGAGAAAUUGAUUUAAAAAUGGCCCAUGAUUCUUCCUCACUCCCCCUUUAUCCGCAAUUGACUUCUGAUCUUAUAGAAGGACCCCAGAAAUACCUCUCAUUAAGGGACAUUCCUCUUACACAUGGUAGACUGAUUGCACAGCUACGAUUAUUUAAUAUAUAUCAACCCAUAAUUAAAAUGGAAGGAAGCUCCGUUAACUUUAGUCAUAAUGAUUACUGUGAUUUUUGCUGCCAGAGAUUAUAUGAGUAUGAUAAUUUAUUAUAUCACGUUUUGGUAAAAUGUUCAAGGUUUUCGUUGAUUAGACAGAGUAUAAGUGAAAAAUCACAAACGUGUGACAUAAGAAAUGACUGUAUGGAUGCAUUGAAUAAAAACUUUGUGAAAAAGGUAGUGGUUUUCGUUAAUGAAGCGUUAAGCACAAAGGUAACUCCUCGAUGACAAAAAAAUUUCCUAUAUAUCAAAUACGAAUAAAUUAUAUAAGGAAUUACUUCCAAACAGAGAAAAUUACUUUUUCUAUAGAAUUAACAAAUAACUGUUUAUAUAAACUUAUAUGUUUACAUAUGAAAUUGAAAGAUUUUAAGUAUAUAAAAUGAAAAAAAUUGGCAGAAAUUUUUUAAAAUUAACUAGAUUUUUCUUAAAUUUUUGUAGGUUAACUGCUCUUAUUUCUUUAAAAAUUGAUAUUUUUAUAUUUUCUUUUAUGGGUUCUCUUCUUUAAGAUGGUUCAAAGUUCGUAUUUCUACCAUAAAAAUAAAAAAAAUUAUUGGAUUUGCUUCAACCGUUUGAAAGUUAUAGCAUUUUUAAACAAUAAAAUUGAGCAGCCAAAAUUGUUUCGUUGAGAAAAAGUAGAUCUAGAUAGUUAAGGUAAUCCACUUGCAGCAGUCACUUCCAAAAAUUAAUUUCAAUAAAAAACUUAAAAAGUUUAGAGUAACUUGCUUGCAGUGUUGGGUAGUAACUAGUUAUUAGUAACUAAGUUACUGAAAAAGUUACUUUACUUGUAACUUAUUCGUAUUUCAAAAAAAGCUCGCAAAGUGAUAGCAAAAGAA